CUCCGUCCCUCCCUGGCUCCCAUCCAGGGCUCCUGAGCUGUUCUGCGGAAUAACCAUCCUUACAGACUGGCUCUCACGCAGAUAAUUUGGCAUGUCAUGCUAUAUCUGAGUGCUCUCCCUCUUUUUCUCCCCCCUCCCCCCAACCUUUUUCUUUCCCCUCAUUCCCUGUCCUUGUGUAUUCCUGAUCUGUGGGUUCUUUCAGUCUCCUUUCUCAUGGACUGGGAUGUUUUCUCUCUUUAAUGCAUCAGGAAGUGAUACACAAUGAGGAACCUCUCAUCCCCUGUGCAUCAGGGAGAGAAUUAUUGACUGAGCGCUGAGCAGUCCAGUAAUUGAUUUAAACCAUAUCCUCACUCUCUCUCUGUCUCUCGCUUGGAGUGGCUGGUUCCGUCCUUCUGGUUCAUUUCAUUUAAUUGGAUUCCCUGAGCUGCAAAGCCGAGGGAAUAAAAUCCACUGAGAAUGUUCACUUCAAAAUCCAACUCUGUGUCCCCUUCUCCGUCCAUGGAACAGGCAGAUUCGGAUGCCCUGGAUAUCAGCACCAAAGUGCAGCUGUAUGGAGUGCUCUGGAAGAGACCCUUUGGAAGGCAGUCUGCCAAGUGGUCCAGGAGGUUCUUCAUCAUCAAGGAGAGCUUUCUGCUUUACUAUGCUGAGAGUGAAAAGAAGAAUUUUGAAAGCAAUAAAUACUUCAAUAUUCACCCAAAGGGUGUCAUUCCUCUGGGGGGCUGCAUCGUGGAGGCCAAAGAAGAGCCCAACAUGCCUUAUGCCAUAAAGAUCUCCCAUGAGGACUUCCAUGGUAACAUUGUCCUUGCAGCUGAGUCAGAGUUUGAACAGGCCCAGUGGCUGGAACUGCUGCAGGAGUCUGGGAAAGUGACCUGGAAGAAUGCCCAGCUGGGAGAAGCCAUGAUUGAGAGCCUUGAAGCUCAGGGGCUGCAGCUGGCCAAGGAGAAGCAGGAAUAUUUAGAUAAGUUGAUGGAAGAGACAGAGGAGCUGUGUCUGCAAAGGGAGCAGAAAGAGGAGUUGGAGCGUCUUAACCAGGUGCUGGAGGCAGAAAAGCAGCAGUUUGAAGAAGUGGUACAGGAGCUACGGCUGGAGCAAGACCAGAUUAAACGGGAGCUAGAGCUGACAGCCCAGUCUCUCAAGGGAGUGGAGGAAGAGAAGAAGGAUCUGCGAAGCCUGACAGAGUCCUUACAGAAAACACUGGAGGAGCUUUCUGUGGAAAAGCAAAGAACCCUGGAGUUGUUGCAAGAGAAUGAAAACAAGCUUCAGCCUCUCCCCAACAUUAGCAAGCAGCAAAACCCCAGCCGGGGUUUGCACAGCAACCUCCGCCAGAUUGAGGAGAAGAUGCAUCAGCUUCUGGAGGAGAAACUCCUAGCAGAGAGGAGGAUGAAGGAGAAUGAGGAGCGGUCCCAGGCCCUGGAGCAGGAGCGGGAGUUUUACUCUUCUCAGUCGCAGGCACUGCAGAACUCGCUCUCAGAGCUGACUGCAGAGAAGCUGCAAACAGAAAGAGACCUCAAGGCUGAAGUAAAGGUACGUAUGGAUCUAGAGAGAAGACUAGGGGAGGCUGAGGAAGCCCUCCAGAGCUUGGAGCAAGGCUUAAAUUCUGUUGAUCGCAAUGAGGAGAAGGAAGAGAAAAUGAAAGCUGAUGUCAGCAACUUGAAAAAGUUCUUUGAGGAGUGCAUCCGGAGUGCCGAGCUGGAAGCCAAGAUGCCCAUGAUCAUGAAGAACUCCGUGUACAUUCACAGGGCUGCCACCCGCCGAAUAAAAAGCUGCCGCUUUCACCGCCGGAGGGCCAGUGCUUCAUGGAACGACUCGCUGUUGCCCUCGCAAGGGGCUGCAGGCAGAGAAAUGUGGGGCUCUUCUGUCCGCAGAGAAGUGAAGCAGUCACAGUCCUUCGUCUUCUCCCAGACAGAAGCAGAUAACAUCGUGGAGCUGAAGGAAGUAGCCAAGACGCUGAGCCAGGACCAGCACUUCCGGGAAACCCUCUAUCAGAUCAUGAUGUCACAGAAAGAUUCUGCCCGUGGGGACAAGAAGUGAAACCUUGUCUCCUUCCAUUGGGAGGGGGCUUCUGAUCUCAAUACAUCCUGCAACUCAACAAACACUAAACCACUGGGUACUGAGGUCAGGAGGGCAGCUUGCUCCUUUGUGAGGAAAAAGGCAAGGCAGGGUGCAUGCAACACCCUGUGGUUGGUGGUUAGUUUUCCUUUGCAUUCCUGAGCACUGCUGAUCUUUUUCUCUCUCUCUGCCUUUAGACCAGCUGAUCUGCUCUGCCAUUUACUCCAAGUCCCAUCAGUUUACUUCAGCUGUUCUCAUUAGGACAUGGUCUACCCAACUACCACAGUCAGCAUUAAAGUGAACAACAGACCUUAGCCUAGAGAGUCCCCAGUCCCUUCUUUACCAUCUAGUUUGCCUGUCAGAUGUAGGUACUUUUGAAAAACGCCUUUAAUUCCCUCGAUGUCCAGGUAGCAAACCUAGCAGGUCAGAUGAAGCUGAAUUGCUGUCUGCCUUCUUUUCUGUGGCUAGGACAGGGCAUCCCUGGCUCUGUGCUGUGAAGAGGGAUAUUAUUUAGUGCAUUCCCUAGAGACUGCAGCAGUCUCAGCUCACUAAGCAUGUGCAAUAAUGCCAGGCAUAGAACAACCUCUUGGUGCAACAAUUUUUAAGCAAAUGGCAGUGGCACAAAAUGGACAAAACCUGGAGGGAUGCCUUGGGAGGGCCAAUGUGGCCCCAAGAUUUAGGCUGAUGAGAGAGAGAGCCUCCUCCCUAAAGUAGCCACACAUUUGAAACGUCAUGUUCAGCUGUCAGUGGGUACAGAGUAGGAGGGCCACUGCCACUGACCCUGCUUUGUAUAGUGACACCAAUGACUAGAAUCAGGGACAGAACUACACAUGGACACUGGUCUAAGGGGACAGAUGCAGGACCUGUAUGUCCCUCUCUCCAGUGCCCCUAACAGCUCACUCAUAUGUGAUCAGUAGCUUAUUAUAGUCCUCUGAGACUGAGGCAGCAAAGUGAGGAGAACCAAGCAAUGAGUCCUGCUACUACAGUGUUAAACUAAUGUACAACCUGAGGAAUGCUCCCUCCUUCCCACUUCACAGAGCGCUAUCACCAGUGUCAUACCAGCCACCUACUGGCUUUACCUUGCAUAGGUUACAUAAGAGUUCCUCUGCAGCAUAGCUUCCACCUUUGUGAAUAAUCAGGUUGCAGAGGAACACCCGGGGUUGAGAAGGGAGGGGUCUGCCUUCCCAUCCUGGCCCCUGCUGCUGCUGUCAUGGAAGCCUGGAUUCAUCUUAGCCCAGAGGAGAUAGCCAGCAUGUGGUUACCCUGUGAAUUAAAGGAGAGAGAGGGAUUGUUUUGUGGAGACCCCAUUGCCAGUAACAGUUUCUUUAAAUAAAUAACCCUACAAGGCUGCUAGUUAUCCAGGAUACAACAAGUACACUACCCAACACUUCAUAAACACAUGAGAUGGGGAAGUAUUGUUAUCCUUGUCGUAUAGAAAGGAAAACUGAGACACUGAAAUGUUCAAGGACUUGCCCAAGGUUACAAAAGUGGUGGCAUAAGUGAACUGAGAAGGGUCUUUGUGCUCCUAGCCACCUUCUCCUUCCAGUAGAUCAAUUGUCCUAUCAGUGAAGUUCUCUUUAUAGGUAGAAAUCGGGGGAGAGGGUGGAGACUGAGGCUUGAGCUAUCACAAGGAGUGUGGGGCUGGUAAAGCAAGAUAGUUCCAGCAGGGUCUGUGAAUCUGGAGCGUUGCUUGGUGCCUCUAAGCAGAUAUGAACUGAUCAGGGAGCAUGGAAGGGAAGCCAUGAGGACAUGGCCUACACCUAUUUUAUUUUUUGGUGCCUGGCAAUGGGAUGAUUCAGAUGGUGACAAUGUCUGACACCAAAGGCUUCAAGUGAAGCCAGGCUUCAUGUGAUCAGACAAGCAACCUUGUAAAAGUGCUUCCUCUAACUGUUCUGGUCCCUUUAUGUUUUCAACUUAUGCAAACACAUUUUGGCUCCCACAGUGCCAGUACAGCUCCAAAAGAGCAAGCUGCAGUCUAUUCUUCCCUGCCUCUUCAUAACAAAAAUCACCAGUUGACUUCCAAAUAUACAAUCUGAAUUGGUUGAGGAGAGAAGAGACGGACUCAGCUUGGUCCUGGGGAGGGAGUUUGCAAUCCAAGUAGUUAGAAAAAUCACUUUUUGACUUGUAUAUCCAACACCUUUAAUCUGCCAUCAAACUCCACAUUUUCAGUUUGACAGAGCUGUUAUACUCAGGAGAUGGCUGUAUUUUGCCUUCCUUUAUGAUGCAGCAUUAGUUAUAUAAUAAAGUAACAUUAUCUCUAGGGGGAGCUCCUGUGUGGUCCUACUAUAACAUCAUAGCACUGAUUAUCACAUCUCCUGUUUGGAAGGCAGCCUGUUCAUUUUCUCAGGCUUCAUUCAUUACUGUGAAAUUGGUGAUGGUGGUUGUGUUAUUUGACUGCUCCAGUCAGAUGCUGCACAUCAUCUGUGAGAGAAAUACAUAUACAUAUAUGCCUUUGUCCUUCCUUCUGCUUUCACUUGCUUUUCCCUCCUAUGUGUCCUGCACCUUGGCUUCCAAGUCUAGAUCCUGGAUUAAAAUGUAUUUUAAGGUUAAAAUCAACAUGUAUUAAACUCAAAGUAAAAAAGAAAAGAAAAGAAAACCCCGUCAGCAAUCUGGAACCAAUGUCCACACAUGUAAUCUGUUAAUUUACAUUAAAGAUUUGUCUCUAUGGCACAAUGCUGUGCUGUAUGGAGAUGCCAGACCCAUUUCAGCCAUGUCCCACUCAAGCCUGCUGAGGAGGCCUGGCUUGACUAGUUCAGAUGUCUCUCCCUGGCAUCUGCAUUGUGCCCUGUGGUCCUACCCUACGACACGUUUCAUUUGGUCUGGUGUUUUCAAGGUGCAAUUUUUCACCUUCCUGUUUUGAGAUGGCAUUUUUUGUAUUAAGAGAAACCUUGGUAAGCAAAAUGGUUUAAGAACACCACAGGAUGAAGCGAAACAUUCUGGGUCAUGCAGUGUUCCAGGUAGGCAUGAAAUAAAAUCCGCUUUCUUUUCA